AUGCCGCACAGAGGACGUAGAAGAGGUAGGAGAGGAAGAGGACGACCUCUCGUUAGGAGAGGAGGAAGAGGAGACACCGAUAGAAGCUCUUCCCAAGAGGGGUUGACUACCGGCCCAUAUGCGUUUGUACCACCUCCUGAAUACGCACCUCCCCCACAAACCGUACCACCCCCUGAAUAUGCACCUCCCCCACAAGCAGUACCCCCUCCUAAAUACGCACCGCCCCCUCAAGCUGCACCACAGGCCGGGUUAGACCCCACCACAAG